AUGGACGUUGAUAGUCCGGAUGAUCUUCCCUCAGAAGACGAGUGUUUUAAGCGCUGCGAAUUGUUCUCCCAGCUCACCAACACCAACAACGCCCUAGCCAUGAUGUUCCUCCAACAGGUAUCUUGGAACCUCGAGGCAGCAGUUGAGCGGUUCUACGAGACCAUGGGCGGUUUACCAGAGAGAAGCAGACCCCAACCCCAAUCCUGGUCCUCCGCACCCGUUAUUGAUUUGACCUCGGACAGUGACGAGUUGGUAGUGGCAAAGGAAGGGGAAGAGACGGAGGAAGUGGUGGACAAGCAGCACGCACACCUCUUUCGUCUGCUCUCCUGGAAUAUCGAUGGACUAAGUGUGCAGUCGCGCGACUUUCGAACACCCGCGGUCGUCGCGCUUAUUAGAAGUGCGGACUCACAAAAUGUGGCAAGUGAUGCAAGCAACUUGUCUUUUGAUAGGUGGGAUUCGUUUGUGUGUGUAGUUGAUUUCUGUGGCGAGAAGUUCCACGUGGUUUGCCUGCAAGAGGUGGUGAAGGAGUCUUUGGCCUACAUAAAGGAGCAAUUGACCUCGCUUUAUGAGGUCUUCCAUCCUCAGGACGUUCAAAGGCGCGACUACUUUCCUAUUAUCUGCAUCCUCAAGCACUCCGGUCUCUCCAUCCUCCCCGACACCUUCAAGGUAAUUCCUUUUCCCGGAUCGACGAUGCAACGUAUCCUCCUGAGUGUGGAUGUGGUCCUCGACGUGCCACAUCUUCUACGCACCAAUCCAAGGGCCCGGCAAUGGGAGCAGAUACCACUGCGGGUUCGCCUGUGGACGUCGCACCUGGAGAGUUGUAACCAGUUUGCUGAAGAACGUAUGCACCAACUCAAACGCGCUUGGGGGGCCAUGCAGGCCGCUAUCCAUCCUGGCUCCAGUUCUGCCAACGGCCCGCUCUGUGGCAUCCUCUGUGGCGACUUGAACAUUCGCGAUAAGGAGAUCGAAGAGCUGGGCGGACUACCGCAGGGAAUGGUGGACGUGUGGGAGAUGUGUGGAGCUCGACCCGAGGCCAAGGCGACCUGGGAUCCGCGGCGCAAUCCAAACCUCCAGCUGGACCACCCGCAGUCGAACGGUCCUCACAGCCGUCCGCCCGCCUACGGUAUGCGCUUCGAUCGACUACAUGUGCUUGGAGGUGGACUACGUCCGGUGGAUUUUGAGCUGCGUGGCCUUGAGCGAGUGCCGGGGCGCUCACACUUCCCCUCUGAUCAUUGGGCUAUCUUGGGCCACUUUGACUUCGCUCCACCUCCCACGUGA